GUGGAAUCGGAUCAAUCAAUCGAAAUCGUAGACAUCUCAUCCAGUCCAGCCCACGCUUUUCGCUUAUGAACGUGCGUCUGUUGUUGAUUAUGUAUUGGAUCGGUUGGAUAGCAGUCGUCGUGGUUAUUGACCCACGGGCCUUUGUACAUGGAUCCAUGGUGUUGCACGCUGCAUCGGCAGCACAGUCUCCUGAAUAUCACUCUUCGCAGCCAGCGCCGUCACAGUCGCUUCUGGAACAGACAACGACUCCACGACCCUCAUCACAGCCAGCCUUGCCGAAGCCGAUUCAUGAGCAGACUACGACUCAGCAAGCCAGCUGCCAGUCGCAUACUUUCCAGCAGCUCACCGAAGCAGGCAAGAGUGGCCCUGCUGUUGGUGGCCCCGUGGAGCUGCACGAUGUAGCCCAGCAACUCGUGAAAUCUGGCUGGCAGCUGCUGAACUUGUCUGCCCAAGCUGUUCAACUUGUGCUGGAUGCAGUCCCCAUUGAUCUGGAACGGCAGCCAGAGCCGCGUGCAAGAGUGUACUGUAAUCCGUAAGGGCUCCUCGGAAGGCAGGGUACACUUACCGCCCGUCGAGUAUAGCUUGAUCGUCAAUAUGCAUAACCGGUAUACAAGGCUUGUGACUGUCCUGGCUUCUUAUUUGAUCACCGCGAGAGGGUCUUACGAACUACUUGCAUUUUGCGAUGGCUGCAACGCGCAACUUUUGUAACGGGCCGAGGAAACCUUCGAUGCUUACCUGCCGAUUGUCUGGAACAGGAGCGCCACGGCGUGCAGCCCGGAAUUUCUCAAGAACGUCACUGGGCACGUGAGGCGCGGGAAGUCGGACCAGCGCUACUGGGAGCCUGUGCGCGAGAUGUGUGUCGCCGCUUGCGGCGACUCAUUCUUUCGCCGGUGCGGAUCACUGCGGCGGGUGGUGCUGGUCGAUCAGCCUUCCGCUGUAUUCGAGACUGCUUCAAACAACAGAGGUGCAAUCUUGGCCGAGGGCCAGUUCCUAAUCAUCAUGCAAGACGACUGGGUAAUGACCCAGAUCGGAUGGAAUGUCCACAUGUCGCUUCCUGCGCGCCUAUAUGACGACGUCUUCGGCAUAUCCGACAACUGCGCGCACGGAUGGGAUGCAUUGCCGGGCGACAGGGUGGGCCGGUGUGAGGAUCGCCAGAGGGCUCGACCGCUCGACCCCAAAUUGGUGAACAAGUCGGGCACCUUCUUCGUGCGGCCGACGGGGAACAGGGGCCCUCUCCUGUACAACGCCAGCAAGUUCAGGCAGAUGGGUUACCUGGACGAGCUGCACUUCCUAAUGAAUAGAGAUGAGCACACGCUUCACGCCUUGGCUGUGCGGUCGCAAGGCUGGGUUUCGGGUUAUGUGCCCUUGCAGAUGAUAGUCCUCGGGGAAGCGGGGCGCGGGGACUCGGACAGUGUCGACCUCAAACAGGACAAUGGGUUCAAGACAAGGGAGGCGGAGAAGGAGUACAAGCAGUGGAGAAAAUAUCUGGGGAAAACAGCGAAGUUUCGGCAACUUGCGACGGGCUCGCGUGGGAUGCCUACCGACCUCGGGGGAGAGCGAAAUCUCAGCAUUGGUUGGUUCUCUUUCGAUAUUUGCGCCACAUAGCAGAAAACAAGCUUCCGUGAGUUGCUUCCUCCUGAGGCAAAGUUAGCAUUGCUAGAGCGCGUUUCUGCUGAAUUGCUGCGACUUGAGCGCGCGUUUGGUGCGUUGAUUUGCGGUUGGCGCGUAUCUGGUGAACACGCUGCGCCGCCGAUAAUAAAAACAAAGUGGCCCAAUAGCGGGACUCCGAACCAACAAUUCGCUUCAGCAUUGUUUCCAAAGCGCCCCUGCGAACCCUUCCAAGACAUCCUAGCGGACGCGCACUUGCUUGAUGUUCACAAUCACACGCUAGACGUACUCAUUAUUCUUGAGGUCUUGAUAUCUUUUCUGAGGACCGGAGCCAUUACCAUUUUGUCCAUUUUGUAGGUAGGUCUGGAGAACGGCAUUACAGAUGUAUGCCGCGUGGCGCGCGCAUGGUAGUUCACAGCGUUGUGUGCAGUACAUUUUCCCAUUUUCCAUUACUGGCUUGCCGCGAUGAGUCACCGUGGCAGAUCACGGUGCGCCGAUGCGCGCCGACAGCUCCGCCUGCAGCUCUGCAGCCGCGGUCGCGGUCGGAAGCCGCCCGGCGUGCGUGGCCGAA